GGCUUGCGUGCCAGCUGGCUCCCGCCGCUAGCGUGAUGAGCAGGUGUGGCUAAGUUAGCGGAUCAUGACUGGUCAGCCACAAUUUGUUGAGGAACCAAGUCCGCACAGCCACACAUCUAACGCUUCCAGACCGUGGCUAGAUGCAUGAAUUGAGCUUGAGCGUGCGCGUUUACGGGUGUCAACAGUCACGACCUGAGGCGUGGCGCGAGUUUACUCCCUGAUCUCAACAUUUCAUUCUCAAUGUCUACCACGAAGCAGGAGAAUGAGGGACUCUCUUUCUCCGCCAAAGUCAGAUAAGAAAAUCUGCGUCGUCGGAGCUGGUGUGAGCGGACUUCGAGCCGCUGGACUGCUCGCAGCUGCUGGCUUUCAAGUGACGGUGCUUGAAGCACGAGAUCGCGUCGGCGGGCGCGUGCGUCAAAGUUCUCAGCUUGGUGGCCGCCCCGUGGAUGUCGGGGCAAGUUGGAUUCACGGGGAAGAGGGCAAUCCGAUCGUGGCCCUCGCAGAAAGGACACAGACCACGACAAUUCCUUGCGGUGCUGUUGAUUCCAUCUGCGACUCAAAGGGCGCGUGGCUCGACCGGGACUUGGCGAGGGGAUAUUAUGAGGAAGUCUGGGAAAUCCUGGACCUGGCCAUGGACAAGAGCCGGCAGGAGUUUGCGUCACUUUCGGACUCGGCGAAGAUGAUGGACUUCUUCCGCGCCGAGGUACACAGUCGGCGCUCGUCACAAGGCAAGCAAACAGAUGACUAUUACGAAACUUUGAUGCUACAGAUCGUUGAGAUGUGGGGAGCUUUCAUGGGCGACGAGUGCGAGCGCCAGAGCCUCAAAAACAUGUGGCUGGUAGAUGACCUGGAAGGAGACAACCUGCUCGUUGCUUCGACAUACGAGGGCAUCCUAGAGAGCAUAUUAUCCGCAGUCACGGACAACGCCAUCGUGAAGUUGAACUGUGAGGUCACCAAGAUUGAGAACAACUCAGUUGGCACGGUUGAUAUCGAAGCAGCGGGCAGGACUCAAGGAACGUUCGACGAUGUCAUAGUCACAGCACCUUUGGGCUGGCUCAAACGCAGCGACAAUGUUUUCGUGCCGCCAUUGGGGAGCAGGAUGAAAACAGCAAUCCGCAGUCUCGGGUAUGGAAGCUUAGAAAAGGUGUUUAUCAGAUUCCCCGAAGCAUUUUGGGACGACUCGAUACGCCACGACAAGGAUCCGUCGUUCCCCAUCGAGUCCCUCUUCCUCAGCCCAGCGUACGCAAACGACACGAACCCCGCAAGAUGGCGCACAGAGAUCAUAUCCUUCUCAGGCUUGCCGGAGCCGCUGGCGCAACCCGUCAUUAUGUUUUUCGUCUACGGACAAUGGGGACGACACAUCACGGGCCUCGUUAGGGGCAUGAGCCAUGACUCCGAAGAAUAUCACCAAAUCCUCGACGAGCACUUCCGGCCCUACUACUCCAAGUUGCCAAAUUACGACCUGGGCUCGGCGGAGUGUAAGCCAGUGGCCUACACAUCAACAGACUGGCAGAACGACAGGUUCGCGGGAUAUGGGUCAUUUACUAAUUGUCCAGUCAACGCUGGGGACUGCGCGGAGCACUAUGAAGUGUUUAGAGAGGGCAUGGGAGAAGACCGUGGCAUUUGGUUCGCUGGCGAACACACAUCGCCGCCUCGAGGGCUUGGGACAGUAACUGGGGCUUAUUGGAGCGGCGAGGAAGCGGCAAGAAGUGUAGCGAAACGGCAUCGUGUUAUAAUAGAUGAAUAGACGAUGCUUAUGAGCAAGGUCGGGAGGUAAGAAUCUAGCAAUGAUUAGGGCCUGCUAGCUUCUACUUACGCAUAGGAAAACCUCUACAGCCGGUAGGUCGCGGAGUAAGUAAGAUGACUUCUUGUGCAAACACGCCAUAAGCGCUGUGUUUGUCUCUGUUUCCUCGAGGUACCCUCAUUACGCUAGCCUCUGCGCUCUACGGCCUCUCUGCAUGUACUGAAAGCUGCCAUUGCUGCACAAAUACAAAUCCGUUCCUGUUGCAGUACGGUUUCAUCUAAUUAGGCCAGCCUUAUGCGUGAG